GCAGCUUUUAUAAGUACUCGACAAGCAUCCCCUUCGGCGUCUACUGCACAGCACAGCUGAUUGUUUUCGAUCAAUUUAUACGAAGCGCUGCAGUCAGCUCUGCGUAUGGAAAUCAUCCAAGCAUUUUCUUUCUUCUGCCAACUCUUGGGAUAUUCCUGAUGAUCACAUAAUAUAGCUGUCGUGAUGCUGAGCAUUCCUUUGGACAUUUCCAUUUCAGAAAUAAUAUAUUCAUUUGUCAUUUUCAACUUAUUUUUUGAAAGUGCUGUGUAACACAAGCUUCACCGCAACCACACAACAUUUUUUGAAUAAAUUUUUCCUACAAAUGAGUUGCAAUAUGCCGUAAUGUAUGGACGAAUGUAUCACUUGGCGCGUAUAUAGCCUAGGCGUUUUAUGCUAUUUCAGGAUAGCUUUAUGUUCGUGUUCCUAAAUAAAAGUAUAAUUUAGAAUUGAUGUUGAAAAAUUUUAAAAUGUAUAUAACAAACUAUAUAUACUACUUCUGCAGUUUUUAUAAGGAUGCAGACUAGCUGGGAUAACUGACCGCGCCGAAAUUUGUAGCAAAACGAUAUGAUAUGAUUCAAGUAUUGAAUGCGUGGGCGCCAAAAGCACAGCACACGUGAUUUUUUAUCGUCGUGAUAUUGCACUUUGUUUACAAAGAACUGUAUGUAAAUUAUAUAAAAUAAAUCUUUUCCGAGUCAAGAAUCCACAACACAAUUAAUGAUCUCUAAUCUUGUAAAUAUAAGUUUUAUCGCGCACUUUUGAAAAUACUUAAGGGUACUUAAUUAAUUUAUCGGAAAUACCUCGCAUGCUAGCAGCUGUUAUUUGCGAUAAAUUCGUCGUUUAAACCUGCAAACUCAAACUUAUUUUCUUUCCAACAGCGCAGUGGUAUAUGAAAAAAUGAAAGGGCACAUUAGCUGGGAUUCCACGAUCCCUCGCUACUCGCGCGCAAUUAGCAUAAACGAUGAGAAGGUCGAUACCGAGAGCAAGGAGAAGGUAGAUACGCGUAUUAGCGCACAAAGACCUGCCUAUCAUAAUACAAGACUUAUAGAUGGGCAAAGGUAAGGUCCGAAGCUUUUCCGAUUACUUCUGGCUAAGCCAGGGUAUGCUCAAGUUCUGCGGCGUUCUUCCCAUGCCGGAGAGAGGCCUCUUCGUAAACUACUUCCUGAUCAUGCUGUCGAUCAGCUCGCUGGUCUUCUUAUUCUUUCCCGGCUUCUACAUUAUCGCCUUCCACGGCUCGGAGAUCAACGCAGCCGCCAAGGUCGACAUAAUCGCCGGCGAGGCGCUCGAAAUCUGGGUGACCACGAUAAAAGCGCUAGUCCUUCUGCCAUGUCGGCAGACGAUGCUCAGCGUCUCCCGGCGCGCGACUCGUCUCCUGGUCGACAUCGAGGACGAGAAGGAGCAGCAGCUGGCGGAGCCUUACGCACGCCGCGGUUACUACCUGCUCUACGGCUUCGGCGGCACGGUAUUCUUCGCCCUGCUUUCGAUCGUUAUCAAACCGUUCGGCCAGCAAGUUCAGUACGGAGCCAACGGAACGAUCUUAGCGAGCAAGGAUCUGCCCUACUCCAUCGGCAUCGUCCACGAGAAUCAGCAGUUGUUCAACGCCUGGUGGAUCGGCCAGUGCUUCGCCGGUAUCAUCGCUAUAAUUGCCAUCAUAGGAAUCGACACGACCUUGGCCAUUUUCGUGCUUCACGCUUGCGGUCACUUUCGGAUACUGCGCUCCAGGUUUCAAGCCGUCGCCGAGAGUAAAGCGAAAUACAGCAGUAGCAGGAGGAUGUCGGUUAGUGGGAGGGACGACAGGCGCAGGCUUAUCGAUCUCAUUGACAAGCAUCAGGAGAUCAUACACUUUUGCGACGAAAUAGAAUACGUCUUCAGAGCGGUGGUACUGAUUCAAAUGAUACUCAGCAUCUCAGCGAUUUGCGGAUUCGGCUUCAAUUUGCUGGCGCAAGAAGAGAAAUUGCUGUACGGCUUUCAUCUGCUCGGGGCAUGCAUUCAACUUCUGAUAUUCUGUUGGCCGCCUGAUAAUCUGAUUGAUGAGAGCUCCCAAGUCGGAUUCGAAGCUUACAAUCUCAGGUGGUACGACUGGAUCGAGGACGACAAGAGUCUGGUGACGUUUUUGAUAACGAGGAGCCAGAAGCCGAUGCUGAUAACUGCGGGACGGUUUACCAGCAUAUCUCUCGAGACGUUCUCUGCCGUACUCUCGUCGGCUUUCUCCUUCUUCUCUAUUCUCAGAAAAACUUUGUAACUAUGCACAGUAAUAAUAGGCGGAAUAGACUCUGUUAUGUAAAAUAUAUAGCAAAAGUUUACUCGUUAAGUCUGCUCAUGCGAACUUCGGCAAAUACAAUUACGGCUCGUUAGAUCGA